ACGGGAGCAGCCGGGCCAAGGCGGCCGUGGCCAAGCGGCUCCCGCACGCGCUGAUCGUGGGCGUCAAGAAGGGCGGCACCCGCGCCGUGCUGGAGUUCAUUCGCGGCCACCCGGGCGUGCGCGCCCUCGGCACCGAGCCCCACUUCUUCGACCGGCACUACGAGCGGGGCCUGGAGUGGUACAGGCACCUGAUGCCCCGCACCCUGGACAGCCAGAUUACCAUGGAGAAGACCCCCAGCUACUACGUCACCAGGGAAGCUCCCCAGCGGAUCUUCAACAUGUCCCGGAACACGAAGCUGAUUGUGGUGGUGAGGAAUCCGGUCACCAGAGCCAUCUCGGACUACACCCAGACCCUCUCCAAGAGGCCAGACAUCCCCACCUUCGAGGGGCUCUCCUUCCGCAACCGCAGCCUCGGCCUGGUGGACACUUCCUGGAGCGCCAUCCGCAUCGGCCUCUACGCGCUGCACCUGGAGAGCUGGCUCCAGUACUUCCCGCUCUCCCAGAUCCACUUUGUCAGUGGGGAGCGGCUCAUCACAGACCCCGCGGAGGAGAUGGCCAAAGUGCAGGACUUCCUGGGCCUGAAGCGGCUCAUCACCGAGAGCCACUUCUUCUUCAACAAGACCAAGGGCUUCCCCUGCUUGAAGAAGGCCGGGAGAGGCACUCCACCCCGCUGCCUGGGGAAAUCCAAAGGCAGGCCUCACGUCCAGAUUGACCCAGAUGUGCUGGAGCAGCUACAGGACUUCUACCGCCCCUACAACAUCCGCUUCUACGAGGCCGUGGGGCGAGACUUCCGGUGGGAGUGA